CUCUGCUUCGCGCCAAUUGUGACAGCGCUGACAAGAUGGCGGACAGUAGAGGAGGACAGUGAGAAAGGAAAACACAGCAUCAUAUUUAGAGUUGUCAGCGUGUUUUUAAAUGGCCUUUUUAGAUUUUAAGAUAGCCAAUGACUGCAAGAUCGGAGCGUAUCAUAUCCACUGAAACGGCUUUAUGUUUGCGAGAUGCAGGACAAAAUAUGCUCUUUAUCUGGCUGCGUUGAAAAGUCUGACAGUGCGGUUGGAUGAAAGACUAGUAGGCUACAGUACAGCUGGCGAAGUGUCAGCCAGUAGUUCGAUAACUAAUCAGUGAAAUGAGAUCGUGAAUGCUUUGCGGUCAAAAUAAAUGUAACUGUUCGCUAGUACAGUCCAGCUAACAUUGUCAGCUAGCUAUUUGUAUUCAUGUUGAUGUGUUGGCACUGUGCAGCUAGCUAGCUAGCUAGGUAGGGUACGAUGCUAGCGAAAAAGCUAAAUAGGCAGUUUGCAAGCUAGCUAAUUUUCUCAAGUAAAUAUUCCUCCGAUGAUUUGCUAGUGACAGUAGUUACGUUAACACAAGGACAACGAUCGAUGAACUAGCUUGCUAACACCAUAAGGUUUUCGUGGCCGAGUCAACAUGUUUUGACUUUGUAGCGAGCUUGUUCAGAAGGGGAAGGAUUCACAAAACGCAUCGAUACGGACGCAAGACGCCAUCCCCAGUCGGACCGACGCACGACCUGUGUCGUGUAUUCUGCGUUCUAACUAGUGACCAGCUGAAGCUAGUUAGCUGUAAUAGCCGGUCACUCAGGCGACAUGGCUCACUCUCCGGUUCAGAGUAGCCUGCCAGGGAUGCAGAACCUGAAAGCGGACCCAGAGGAGCUGUUCACUAAGUUGGAGAGGAUAGGGAAAGGCUCGUUUGGUGAGGUGUUUAAAGGAAUAGACAACAGGACUCAGAAGGUGGUGGCCAUUAAGAUCAUUGACCUGGAGGAGGCUGAGGACGAGAUAGAGGACAUCCAGCAAGAGAUCACCGUGCUGAGUCAGUGUGACAGCCCCUUCAUCACCAAGUACUAUGGAUCAUACCUGAAGGAGGCCAAGCUAUGGAUCAUCAUGGAGUAUCUAGGGGGAGGCUCAGCAUUAGAUCUGGUGAGUGAUGUUACCAGGAGUCGCCCAAUAUGUGUACGUUGUGCUAGCUAACAGUGGUGGUUGUGUGAGUUGUGCUAGCUAACAGU